AUGGUCGACAAACUCACCCGUAUCGCCAUUGUCAACAGCGACAAAUGUCGUCCUCGAAAGUGCAGACAGGAGUGUAAAAAGUCCUGCCCCGUCGUUCGCAGUGGCAAGCUUUGCAUUGAAGUCGCUGCCGAUUCCCGUCUCGCCUUCAUUUCCGAAUCGCUCUGCAUUGGUUGUGGUAUCUGCCCCAAAAAGUGUCCCUUCGACGCCAUUACCAUUAUCAACCUGCCCACCAACCUCGAGAGCCAGGUCACCCACCGCUAUGGCCCCAACAGCUUCAAGCUUCACCGCUUGCCCAUGCCCCGCCCUAAUCAGGUCCUUGGUCUUGUUGGAACCAACGGUAUUGGCAAGAGUACCGCUCUGAAGAUUCUCAGCGGCAAGCUCAAGCCUAACCUGGGCCGCUUCGACAACCCUCCUGACUGGGAGGACGUCAUCAAGCACUUUCGUGGUUCUGAGCUCCAGAACUACUUCACCAAGCUUCUAGAGGAUGACCUAAAGGCUGUUGUCAAGCCUCAGUAUGUUGAUCAGAUCCCCAAGGCCGUCCGCGGCCCGGAUAAGAGCGUUCGCUAUCUGAUCGAAAGCCGUGCCUCCCUGGAGAACUCCAAGGAGGUUGCCGAGGUCCUCGAGCUGAACCACAUCAUGGAUCGUGACAUCACCCUCCUCUCUGGUGGUGAGCUUCAGCGGUUUGCCAUCGGUACCGUCUGCGUCCAGAAAGCCGAUGUCUACAUGUUUGACGAGCCUUCCUCGUACCUCGACGUCAAGCAGCGUCUCGCCGCCGCCAGAAUCAUUCGCUCACUCCUCCGUGACGAUGACUACAUCAUCGUUGUCGAGCACGAUUUGUCCGUCCUUGACUACCUCUCCGACUUCAUCUGCGUUCUCUAUGGCAAGCCCGCCAUCUACGGCGUGGUUACUCUACCUGCGUCCGUCCGCGAAGGUAUCAACAUCUUCCUUGACGGUAACAUUCCUACUGAGAACUUGCGUUUCCGUGAUGAGUCCCUUACUUUCCGCAUUGCCGAGGGUGCCGACGAGUACGCCCUGGACCGCUCACGCGCCUUCAAGUACCCCAAGAUGGAGAAAACUCUUGGCAACUUCCGUCUUCGUAUUGACUCUGGUGAUUUCACCGACUCUGAGAUUAUUGUCAUGAUGGGAGAGAACGGCACUGGCAAGACCACCUUCUGUCGUCUGCUUGCUGGUGCCCUCAAGCCUGACACUAAGGCUGGCGUUCCUGAGAUGAGAAUCAGCAUGAAGCCGCAGACCAUCACGCCCAAGUAUGACGGCACUGUCCGUCAGCUCUUCUUCAAGAAGAUCAAGGCUGCUUUCCUGUCUCCUCAGUUCCAGACCGACGUUGUCAAACCCCUCAAGCUUGACGACUUCAUUGACCAGGAAGUCAAAAACCUGUCUGGUGGUGAAUUGCAGCGUGUUGCCAUUGUACUGGCUCUCGGUCUCCCUGCCGACAUCUACCUGAUUGACGAGCCCUCUGCCUACCUAGACUCCGAGCAGCGUAUCAUUGCCUCACGUGUCAUUAAGCGCUUCAUCAUGCACAACAAGAAGACGGCCUUUGUCGUCGAGCACGAUUUCAUCAUGGCCACCUACCUCGCGGACCGCGUCAUUGUCUUUGACGGCCAGCCUGGUAUCGACGCGCACGCCAACACCCCCGAGUCUCUCCUCACCGGCUGCAACACGUUUCUCAAGAACCUCGACGUCACCUUCCGCCGCGAUCCCACCAAUUACCGCCCUCGCAUCAACAAGCUUGACUCCCAGCUGGAUCAAGAGCAGAAGCUGAACGGCAACUACUUUUUCAUGGACGACAAGGAUGAAAAGCAGUCGCCAGAUGAGCACAUGCACGGUAGCGGCGGCAGUGAAGCACGAUGCAAUUUAGGAGCCCACGGCAUUCUGGAGCGCCAGGACUUGGCUGCGCCAGAAACCGGCGCCAGCGAGGAAGACGAGCCGGACGACUAA